UUUAUACUUUGUUAGUGACAAAGUUUACGAGGUCUAUAUACAGUUAUACACACAAAUUCGUUUUCAUUUUUAUUAUUUUUUAAAUUUAAUUUGGUUGAGUUGAAUUGAAUUGAUGACAUCGAGAACUUUGAGGCGGCGACUCCAUCACGGAGAUGUUGAUGGGAGAAAUCGUGAGCAUUUGGAGACUUCUGGUUUCGAUAGUUUAAGUGAACCUUUGUUAGCUAACUAUGAUGAUGAUAAUUCCGUCUCUCAGGGACGUAGAGUAGAUGAUAUUUGGGAUGAUCAAAGGAGAAUGGAGCGCUUGCAUUGGACUUCUCUCUUUUCUCAGUUGAUUGCACAAUGGACACAAUGGUUAGCAAAUAUUGUUUUUGGAUCUGGAUCACUUAUUGGACGACUUUUGCCUCUCUCUUCUGGCACUCAAAAUGGACUAAGUCGGAAGCUUUUUCCAUCUUCACUUAGUCCUCUACAGGAAGAAAGGCUUAGACAUCUACAACAAAGGCUGGAAGUCCCUUUUGAUGGAUCACGUGUGGAACAUCAGGAUGCUCUAAAACAGUUAUGGAGGCUAGCUUGUCCUGGUAGGGAUUUGCCAGCUCUGAAAUCGGAGCUUUGGAAAGAAAUGGGUUGGCAAGGCACAGACCCUUCAACAGAUUUUCGAGGUGGAGGAUUUAUAUCAUUGGAGAAUCUCAUUUUCUUUGCCAAGAAGUAUCCGGACUCAUUUCAGAGAUUGUUGCAUAAACAAGACGGAGCGAGAGCUGAGUGGGAGUACCCUUUUGCGGUAGCUGGCAUCAACAUUUCAUUUAUGUUGAUACAAAUGUUGGAUCUUCAAUCAGGGAAGCCAUCUUCUUUGGCUGGAAUUCGUUUCUUAGAACUUCUGAAGGAAGAAGAAAUGGCAUUUGAUAACCUUUAUUGUGUAGCCUUUCAAAUGAUGGAUGCUCAAUGGCUUGCCAAGCGGGCUUCGUAUAUGGAAUUUAAUGAUGUUUUGAAGUCUACAAGAACACAGUUAGAACGGGAGCUGGCACUGGAGGAUGUCUUUAGUGUGAAAGAUUUACCAGCAUACACUUUGUUGAAUAGAUGAUCAAAACAUAUAAUUCUAAAAUGCAUCAAUGUGUU